GCCCCGCCGCCUGGCAUCCUGGCGGAAGGGGAAGGGGGGCAGGCGCGGUGGGGAAGAUGGCGUACCAGAGCCUCCGGCUGGAGUACCUGCAGAUCCCACCGGUCAGCCGCGCCUACACUACCGCCUGCGUCCUCACCACCGCGGCCGUGUUGGAAUUGAUCACACCUUUUCAGUUGUACUUCAAUCCUGAACUAAUUUUUAAACAUUUUCAAAUAUGGAGGCUAAUCACCAAUUUCUUGUUUUUUGGUCCAGUUGGAUUCAAUUUUUUGUUUAACAUGAUUUUUCUAUAUCGUUACUGUCGAAUGCUAGAAGAAGGCUCUUUCCGAGGUCGGACAGCAGACUUUGUAUUUAUGUUCCUUUUUGGUGGAUUUUUAAUGACUCUUUUUGGUUUGUUUGUGAGCUUAGUUUUUUUAGGCCAGGCCUUCACAAUAAUGCUGGUCUACGUGUGGAGCCGAAGGAACCCAUACGUCCGCAUGAACUUCUUUGGGCUUCUAAACUUCCAGGCCCCUUUUCUGCCAUGGGUGCUCAUGGGGUUUUCCUUGUUGUUGGGGAACUCAAUUAUUGUGGACCUUUUGGGUAUUGCAGUUGGGCACAUAUAUUUUUUCUUGGAAGAUAUAUUUCCCAAUCAGCCUGGUGGAAUAAGAAUUCUGAAAACACCAUCUAUUUUGAGGACUAUUUUUGAUACACCAGAUGAGGAUCCCAAUUACAACCCACUACCUGAAGAGCGGCCAGGAGGCUUCGCCUGGGGUGAGGGCCAGCGCCUUGGAGGGUAAAGCAGCUGUGCCAAUUAUGAGACCCAUCUGAGAAGGACUCAGUGAAAUGCCCAUUGGGAUUCUUUUAUCCCUUGUUGCAAAAGUGUGGACACUUUUGACAGAUUUUUAACUCCGGAAGCACUUUACGGAAUGGUACACUGACUAAUGCAGAAGACAUUUCCAGCAGUUGCCAGGGUUCCUCACUAUGCUGGUACUAAAAGUAUAAUCUCUUGGAGCCAAAAAACUGGAGAAACAGAUACCCUGCCGCCUCUGACAAGUACAUGGGUACUUGAGCUCUGUGGCAUGAGCUCCUCCUCCUCUUCUUUGAUAGACAAGGCCGUGGUGUAAAUGGAAAUUUCAGAGAGGACAAAAUAAAACUGAAUUCCAUCUCUCUCACACUGUA